AUGCAGAAACGUUCGAGACUGUCCCUCCCCCACAGAAACGUUCGAAAUUGCUCCUCCCCCACAGAAACGUUCGAAGCUGCCCCACCCCCCACAGAAACGUUCGAAACCGUCCCUCCCUCACAGAAACGUUCGAAACUGCCCCCCAAAGAAACGUUCCCAACUGCCCCUCUCCCACAGAAACGUUCGAAACUGCCCCCACAACACAGUAACGUUCGAAACUGCCUCUCACCCACAAAAACGUUCGAAAUUUCCCCUCCCCAACAGAAACGUUCGAGACAGCCCCUCACCCACAGAAACGUUCGAAACUGCCCCCCUAAGGAACGUUCUAAACUGUCCCUUCCCCACAAAAACGUUCGAAAUUGCCUCUCCCCCACAGAAACGUUUGAAGCAGCCUCUCCCCCACAGAAACGUUCAAAAUCGCCCCUCCCCCUCAGACACGUUCGAAACUGCCCCCACAACACAGAUACGUUCGAAACAGCCACUCCACUGCAGAAAUGUUCGAAACUGCUCCUCCCCCUCAGAAACGAUCGAAACUGCCCCUCCCUCACAGAAACUUUCGAAACUACCCUCCCGCAGAAAUGUUCGAAACUGACCUCCACCACAGAAACGUUCGAAAAAGCCCCUCUCCCGCAGAGUCUUUCGAAACUGCCUCAACGCAGAAACGGUCGAAACUGUCCCAUACAGAAACGUUCGAAACUGCCCCCCAGAGAAACGUUCGAAACUGCCCCCCUAAGAAACGUUCGAAUCUACGCCUCCCCCACAGAAACUUUCAAAAUUGCCCCUCCCUCACAGAAACGUUCGAAACUGCACCACUCCCACAGAAACUUUCGAAACAGUCCCUCCCUCACAGAAACUUUCGAAACUGCCCCUCCCACACAGAGACGUUCGAAACUGCCCCAGCCCUUCAGAAACGUUCGAAGCUGCCCCUCCCUCACAGAAACGUUCGAAACUGCCCCUCCCUCACCGAAACGUUCGAAACUGACCCCUACAGAAACGUACGAAACUGCUCCUACAACACAGAAACGUUCGAAAUUACCCCUCCCCCACCGAAACAAUCGAAACUGCCCCUCUCCCUCAGAAACGUUCGAAAUUGCCUCUCCCCAACAGAAACGUUCGAAACUGCCCCCUUAG